UUUAUUUUUAUCACCAUUAUUCUUAUCUACGUGUGUAUGUACAGGAGUUGACUCUUUAAGUACAAACACAAUUAAUAACAUAUUCAACGGAGAAUUCUACUUUUUUUAAUGUAAUUUUUAUUUGCACGCCAUGAAUCUUAUUUGGUUUAAAUUGCCAUCAAAUUAUUAAAUUGAAGUUGAUAAUUCACUAUCAAAUUAUUUUCACGCUUGUUGUUUAUCUCCACGGACGGCUCCACUCACUAUAUAAUAUCUUGGUAAUCAUGUGAAUGCCAUGAAAGUAAACGACCAAUCGACAGUGGCGAAGGAGAUGGGCAGGAUCGUAUUGAUGGAGGCAUCGAUCAUCAUCAAUGACUCAGCCAUCACCUCAGAGCUUAGAGUCUUCGUUCUGUGCAUGGCUGCCGCUGCCAUGGCCGUAGUUAUCUUCAACUGCGGGCGCAGCGACAAGGGGCGGAGGACCAGGAACGACGUGGUUUACUACAGCAGCGGAGGUGCUCCGGCGUAUGCUCCUCCGGCGGCAGCAGCGUCGUCCGCCGCCAGCAAAAGCAGCAGCACCGCUGCCAAAGUUGCAGUGGGUGCGGCGGUAGGCGCCAUCGCCGGAGCCGUCAGUAGCAGUGAUGCCGGCGGCGACGCAGGUGGAGAUUGUGGUGGCGGAUGUGGCGGGGGUUGCGGUGGUGGCUGCGGUGAUUGAUGCGACAUAUUUCUGAUCUUGCAAAGAUGAUGCACCGAACAUGGUGGAUUGGUCGUUGAUUGAUAGAAGACCUUUGACUCCAUGAAAAAACUUCCAUAUGAAUACGAGCUAACAAAA